GUUUCUCCAUUAUAUAAACUCAUCCCCAUGACCUCCACCUUCCUCACACUUUUCCUAUCCAUCACAGAGCGCGCGCGCGAGAGAUCAAGAGAGAGAGAAUGUCUGUUUCAACCACUACCCACUUCUCAGCCUCCAUUGUUUUCGUGCUCUUCGUCUUCGUCCUCCUGCCUUUCUCCUCCUCGCAGAACCUCACUCAGUCGGUGACCCCAGAGAAGGCCUGCAACCUCACCACCAACCCCUCCUUCUGCAAGUCCCUCAUCCCAAGCCGAGCUCGCUCCAACCUCUACGGCUACGGUCGCUAUCUGGUCAACAAGUCCCUGCGCCAGUCCGCCACCUUCUCCUCUCUCAUCGACGGAACCAUCCGAGGCAACGCCUCGCUCCCCUCUCAGGCCGCCGGCGCCCUGGUCGACUGCCUCCUUCUUUCCCAGCUUACCACCGACUUUCUGGUCUCGUCCCUCGCUACCCUCGAGUCCAAUGAUACCACGAAGCUCCCCGACGCUCAGGGCGACAAGGUUCAGACCCUCCUGAGCGCCAUCGUCACCAAUCAGCAGACCUGCUUGGACGGGCUUACCCAAGCCAACUUCUUGAAGCGGAAGAACGCUCUUUACGCACCAUUGGUUAAUGGCACCAAGCUCUACAGUGUCUCCCUCGCUAUGUUCACCCACUCCUGGGUGCCCAAGAAGAAGAAGACCAAGACGGCCGGGGACGCCGCCUCCAAAACCAGACCUGGCCGGGAACUUCUCGACCGACUGGACUAUGAGGACGGCCUUCCUUAUUGGGUGAACCGUGAUAUUUUCAGGAUGAAUAGGAGGAUGGCGCUGGAGGAGGACAGCGUGCUGGUGAGCGACGUAGUCUAUGUCGCCCAAGACGGGACCGGCAACUUCACGGCCAUCGGCGACGCCGUCGCGGCUGCGCCGAACAUUUCCGAUCCAAAUGGUGGAUAUUUUGUCAUAUACGUGGCGGCGGGCGUGUACCGGGAGUAUGUAUCCAUAGACAAAAGGAAGAAGAACAUAAUGAUGGUGGGUGACGGGAUCAACCAGACGAUAAUCACGGGCAACCGGAGCGUUGGCGAUGGCUGGACCACCUUCAACUCUGCAACUCUGGCUGUGGUUGGCCAAGGUUUCGUUGGAAUUGGCUUCACCGUCCAGAACACCGCCGGACCGGCGAAAGGCCAAGCGGUUGCAGUCAGAAAUGGAGCGGACACCUCCACCUUCUACCAGUGCAGUUUCGAGGGCUACCAGGACACGCUCUACACCCACUCCAUGCGCCAGUUCUACAGGGAAUGCGACGUUUACGGCACGGUCGACUUCAUCUUUGGCAACGCUGCCGUGGUCUUUCAAGACAGCAACCUCUACGCCAGGCUGCCGCUGCCCGGCCAGGCCAACAUGUUCACCGCCCAGGGCAGGACGGACCCGAACCAGAACACAGGCACCUCCAUCAUAAACUGCUCAGUUCUGGCCGCGCCGGACCUGGCGGCCGAUGGCAAGACCCAGUCGUAUCUCGGCAGGCCCUGGAAGGAGUACUCGAGAACAGUCUACAUGCAUUCCUUCAUCGACGGUUUGAUCGACCCCACCGGUUGGUCGCCUUGGUCCGGCGACUUUGCACUGAGCACGUUGUACUAUGGAGAGUAUGGCAACAGAGGGCCUGGUUCGGACACCAGCAAGAGGGUGCAGUGGCUUGGCUACCAUGCCAUGGCCCUGAACGAAACCAGCAACUUCACCGUGGUUAACUUCGUGCAAGGGGAUGUCUGGUUGCCCGCCACUUCUGUAACCUUCUCUGCUGGUCUCGAUUGAGCAGAACAGAUUUCUUUUAGUUUUCUUGUUUUCCAGAAAGUGGUUGGGUUUGGAUGAAAAGUUCAUUCUUCUAGGUUACCGAAAAAACUGUAAACAAUGGAUUUUGUUCCAUUCCAAAUAGAACAAGACAGACAGAGGAUUACUGGCACA